AUGGCUAGAUGGCAGAUCAUACUCUCCGAGUUUGAUAUAGUCUAUGUAAAUCAAAAGGAUAUCAAAGGGAGUGCGGUAGUAGACUUUUUGGCCAGCAGUGCCUUAGAAGACUAUGAACCUAUGAAUUUUGAUUUCUCGAAUGAAGACUUGAUGUAUGUGGCAACUGCUGAAGAAGAUUCUCAAGAAAAUCACCCUUGGAGGCUAAACUUCGACGGAGCUUCGAAUGCUGUAGGUAAUGGAUUGGGGCAGUCAUUGUAUCCCCUAAUGGAGAUCAUUAUCCUUUUACCACUCAAAGGGGAAUGGGAAACCAGAGACCCAAAAUUAAUCUGUUAUCGAAGAUUGGCUCUGGAGUUGAUUGAGGAGUUUGACAGUAUCACUUUUUGCUAUCUCCCACGAGAAGAAAAUCAUAUGGCUGAUGCUUUGGAUACCUUAGCCUCUAUGAUCCAAGUGAACAAAUUGGAAGAUAUGAAGCCUAUUCAAAUCAGCAUUUAUGAGACCUCGGCUCAUUGCUACAGUAUUGAGGUAGAGGAAAAUGAUAACUAUCAUUGGUAUCAAGAUAUACUGCGAUAUGUGAAUAAUCGUGAGGACCCUGAUCAGGCAACAGAGAAUGAUAAGAGGACAUUGAUGAGGCUCACCAUUGACUACGUCUUGGAUGGAAAGAUUUUAUAUAAGAGGGGAAAGGAUCAAUUAUUGUUGAGAUGCGUGAAUGCUAUGGAGGCCAAUAAAAUUUUGGAAGAAGUCUAUGAAGGUAUCGGUGGAACGCAUGCCAACGGCUUCAUGAUAGCCAGACAGAUUAUGAGAUUUGAGUACUAUUGGGCCACUAUGGAAGGAGAUUGCAUAAAUUAUGCCAAAAAGUGCUAUAAGUGCCAAAUUUAUGGUGACAAAAUGCAUGCACAUCCUUCACCUCUUCACGUUAAUUGUGGAAGUUUGUAG